GCUUUUCGGAUUAUAAAACCCUUGUUAUAAAUAGCGGGUUAUUGCUACGAAGCCUUCUCUAACCCCUGAAAAUGGAGGAGCUAAAAUCUGCUAUUCCUCCAAGUCUAAAACGCUUGAUUUCAGAAAGUACAGUCUCUGCUAUUCCUUCUACUUCUUCCUCUCUUCUUCAAUUCUUUCGCCAACUUCCCCAAUUUCACCAGGUGGUUGGAGACUUGGCGGACAGAGAUAGGGGAUUGUGUGGGAAGAAUAAGGAGUCUGCUUUGGAGUUUAAGCGCAGUGGAAACGACUGCUUCGCCAGAGCAGAUUAUGCUAAUGCUCUUCAUUUUUACUCCAAGGCUCUCCGUGAUGCUCCGAGUGAUGCUGAUGUCCUGGGGAGGAACCUCGUCUCGACUUUAUAUCUAAACCGUGCCACAGUAUCACAUAGACUGGGCCUUCUGGAAGAGUGUUUAAGAGAUUGCCGCCGGGCUCUUGUGAUAUCUCCACAUUACACAAAGGCAUGGUACAGAAGAGGUAAAGCAAAUGCUUCUUUAGGUAAUUGUGAAGAUGCAGUUCGUGAUUUGUCUGUUGCCGUGAACUUGGAACUGACCAUGGUUGAGAAAAGAAGGAUUGAAAGUGAACUGAAGCUAUACAUGGACAGAAAGGAGGAGAGAGACGGCUUGCUGCAUAGUGCUAGUAAAAAUAAUAUCAAUUCUGCUGCUGAGAUGUUCCAUACACAACUAGAAUGCGUCUCUACUCCAACUAAAGGAAGGGGUAUGGUUUCUGUGGGAGACAUACCACCAUCUUCUUUGCUUCAUAUUGAAGAGCCUUACUCUGCGGUCAUAUUAAAGCACUGCAGGGAUACUCAUUGUCAUUUUUGCUUCAUUGAACUACCAGCGGAUAUCGUCCCUUGUUCUUCAUGUACUAUAGCUUUAUAUUGCUCUGAGCAGUGCCAUGUACAGGCUACAGGACAAAAGGCUGGAAGUGUUUCAAAGAGUCGCCAUAAUCAUAUUAGUUUGUCUGGCGAUCUUGAGAAAUAUAUUGCAGAUAUUACUUUGUCAGACUUCUGUACUGAACAAACUGAACACAAUUCUGAACACAGACACGAGUGUAGAGGAGUCAACUGGCCACUAGUGCUUCCAUCUGAGAUAGUGUUGGCUGGCCGAAUUCUUAUGAAACUAGUAAAGCAGGCAAGACAUAUUGGCGGCUCUUCUUCCGUGGUGGAAAAUUUGGAUCUCUGUCACAACUAUGGGGACCUUCCUUCAGAUGUUAAAUUGUAUUUGCACAUCCAUUCCAUCAUUUUAUUGUACUGUCUUCAGAAAUACUGUGGCUCUCAAGUACAGGUUGAUGGGGCUAAUUUAUCACAGUGUAUUAUACUCAUUUGUCAAAUCAAGGUUAAUUCUAUCGCAAUUGUCCGUCUAAACUCUUUGGAUGCAAAGGAAUUGGUGGUUCCGUCGACAGUAUCAUCUUUUGCUGGAAAUGCUUUGACUAGUACUAUUGAGCAGGUUAAAGUGGGUCAAGCAAUUUAUUCAGCUGGUAGUUUGUUUAACCAUUCCUGUCAGCCAAAUAUCCAUGCAUAUUUUCUAUCACGUACUCUGUAUGUACGAUCAACCGAGUAUGUUGCAGCAGGAUACCCACUUGAGCUAUCAUAUGGACCCCAGGUUGGGCAGUGGGAUUGCAAGGACCGCCAACAGCUUCUUAAAAAUCAAUACUCAUUUAGUUGCCAAUGCAGUUCUUGCUCAAGUAUAAAUUUUUCAGACCUCGUUCUAAAUGCUUUUCGCUGCAGUAAACCAAAUUGUUUUGGUGUAGUCCUUGAUAGAAGUCUCUUUCAUGACAAACAAAUGGUCAGUCAAUGCCCAGAUAUCCACACAACUUGCAGUUCCGACCCUCAUAUGCAGAUUAGGAAGCUUAAAUCCGAGGAGAUCAAAAGAGUGGCUCAAUGUGUAUUUGAGCAGACUGACUUUGUCCAUGAUAUCAAACCUGGAGUUUGUUUGACUUGUGGUUCACGUGUUAAUCUUGAAAAGUUAGCUGAAACACUAAAUGAAGCUACCCAAAAUAGCAAACGAUUGAAGGAUGCAAUAGUUUUCAACCAAGUAUCGGCUGAUACCAUUUCAUAUUCUUUAAGGUCCCUUGAUCUUUUGAGAUCUAAAUUACAUGCAUACAAUAAGAAGAUUGCAGAGCUGGAGGAUAAUCUGGCCCAAGCCUUUUGUUUGCUCGGAGAAUUGCAACAUGCAAAGAGCCAUUGUAAAGCAUCCAUGCAGAUUCUUGAAAAGCUUUAUGAUCUCAACCAUAUUGUUAUCGGAAAUGAACUGGUAAAACUAGCAUCUAUUCAGCUAUCACUGGGUGAUGCUGACACCAUUGAUACCAUAAAACAGGUUGACACAAUCUUUUUAUUGUAUUAUGGGUCCCAUGCCGAUAUCAUUUUCCCGCAAUUAGAAAAUCUUAAGAGAGAAGCCAUCAAGCUUGUUGUACAAUAAACCAGUUUAGUUUCAAGUACUUAAAAAUUAGGUGGUUUUGUACUUGGAUCUUGUAAGUGACGUGUUUUUGUAUUUGAAUCUUGUAAAAUGUCAAUGACGGGAGUGUGAAGUAGUUCGUUAGAAGCCAAAUUUUCCA